ACGCGACCAGUCUCGGCGCGGCCGCCUUUUCGAGUCUUCCGAUCGAAAGAACACGAUCCACGCUGAAAGUGCGCACUGAAAAGUUAAUUGUAUCAGCAAACGUCGAUGUGAGAUACGUCGCAGAUUAUUCAAAGUGUAUUGUUAAGAGUGAAAGAAUUGAAACCGUGCGUCCGCGCGUGUACCUGUGCAUAACUUCGAAGCGAGCUGUGAUCUUUGUGUUGAAAAUGUCGGGAAUUUGAAAGAGAAAAUGGAAACUGGUUGAUUGAAAGUGAUCAAAGGAUUUUGUGAUAAACAAUCUCAUUUAUAAAUUAAAUUUCGUCGAACCAAGUAUCAUUACACUGACGAUGAUCCCUUAUAUCUGGUGCUCAAUGACUUUUGUGCUGCGUGAUACCGGCAAGAAGGUCAAGUCUUUGUGCGAUAGUUCAUUCGGGGUGUUGUAAGAAAACAGCGAUGUGUGCCUUUGUGCUUUUCGCUUGGAGGUAGAUUUUGUAAAAGACGCACUGUCCAACGGAUUUCAAUACGGAUUAAGGAUUACUUUUGCAAGUGACGCCUUCUGGAUGUAGCGUAUAUGGCCGAUGUGCGAUUGGAAUGGCAGAAAAGUUGCGCGAGGCAGCUGCUCAUGGUGACGUUGAUCGAGUUGCACGCUUGCUCAACGAAAACGUUAAACCGUUGCCUGAUGAAAAUGGCCGGGGGCCUCUAUUGCUGGCCGCGGCAGGUGGUCACGUGGAUGUGUGCGAGAUCCUGUUGCUGCAGGGCGUCGACGUUAGCGCCGCUGACGAUCAUGGAAACUCGGCGCUGCACGAGGCAUCAUGGCGUGGUUACAGUCGGACCGUGGCGGUUCUGGCGAAGGCCCUCGGGACCCAACGGGCCCCACUGCACGCCAGGAAUCUCGCCGGAUUUGCACCGCUUCACCUCGCCUGUCAAAACGGCCAUAAUCAAAGCUGUCGAGAGCUCCUCCUAGCCGGCAGCAAUCCCGAUCUUCAGAACAACUACGGCGAUACACCACUUCAUACUUCGGCACGUUACGGCCAUGCCGGCGUAAUGCGUAUAUUAAUCUCAGCUCUGUGCAAAGUAUCUGAUCAAAACAAAAAUGGCGACACCGCUUUGCACAUAGCUGCAGCGAUGGGUCGCCGGAAAUUGACGCGCAUUCUCCUGGAAGCUGGUUGCGAUCGAAGUCUGCGGAAUAAACAAGGCGAAACGGCGAAGGAUAUUGCCCGCCGUAAGAAUCACAUUGAAAUCUUGGAAAUUAUUUCCAAGGCACGCGGUAAAAGCCGGACGCGCAGCAAAAGCCGUGAGGAUGACUUGAUAGACGGCAAAAUGACGACCGACGGUAAGGCAAUGAAGUCGGAUAAGAAGCGAGAAAAGACCGGAAGUGGCACCAGCGGUGGCGGUGAGAGCGGCUCGAAGAAGGACCGAAAGAAGUACAAGUCCAACAGCAAACAGCACAAGGUCCGGUUUGAGAAAGCUAUCAUGGGCCGACAGUGGUCACCCUAUGGCUGCCACUACUACCCAGACCCGGACGCGUUCCCUCAGCCCCGUCUAGAUUCGCUACCCUCUGACCCUUUGGGGCGAGGUGAGCAGUACUACCUGGACCUGGCGGGCAAUAUCCGUAAAGGUCCGGUGGGUGUGGGAUAUACGUGCUAUUGCGCGCCAUUUUUCCGGCAUAUGGAGGCAAAGCUGGAGCGGGACAAGGCCGAGUUGAAGGCGCACAUCGAUCAGGCCCACGAGAAGCUGGACCUGAAAGUGGCCAAUCUGGAGAGGAGAACGAGGGGACAGAUCUCGGAGUUGACUAGGUGCGUCCAGGAGGAACGCUCCAGAUGCGACGAGAGGUACUCGCAUCUUCACCAGCGUCUACAGCGAGGUGGGAGAGGCAGGUACAGCGAGAGGCCAGCGAAAACCAAUUACAAUCAGUCGGAGGUGAUAUUGCCGACGAGAACGAGGUCGCUGGAGGAUCUGCUGGACGAUCGACCGCAGGAUCGUAGCUUCGAGAUCCCCGGUGAGACGCCAGUUCAUCGUGGAAGCCUAGAUGAUCUCGAUAUACCGGCUAUACCUAGACUUAGUACGUCCAUGAGGGACCUACCCUCGGGAUCAGGCGUAGUUAAAUCGGCGCUCAGAGUGCUCGACAUUCCUCCGAAAUUGAACGAGACGUUCGACGGGGCCAUUAGGCAGAGUGGAACUUCGUCCUUAGACAUGGCGCCGACAGACUCGAUGCCUGUGAAGGGGAGACGUCAACAAAGAAGUUGUGUGUCGUAUGACAUGCAUGGCAUGAACGUGUCCAUGGAUGAAAAUAAGAUCCAAACGAUUAGCGACGGGAAUAUGACGGAGUGGAACGGUCGCCGCAGCGUUCACGAGAUGAUCAAGCGGUUUCAGCAAGUACCUGAUAUGCAUAAUGGUUGGCGGAGAAUUCGCUCCGCAGGCGGUGAACAGGUCAGUCUGGAUGAACAUACCAAGUGCUCGCAAAAUCAGAGGGUACAUUCUCAAGAUAACGAGAGCGAGAGCAGCGAAGGGGAAGACGACAAUGUUGAGCAGUCGAAAACGUAUGAGAUGAACUGUAGAAAGGCCAUCUCCAAAGACGUGCCUUACGACAGUAUCGCGAGAAUGCCGUAUAGGUCACGCAAUCCCGUGUACAGUCCAACACCGCCGCUGCACGACACUCAUAAUGAUUCUGGAUACAGCACCCGUAUGUAUGGCUCCAGUAAAGGCGCGUCGCCUUCGUUGUCAGGUCAGUUAGAAUGCGACGUGAUCUUGUCACCUUCGACAGGAUCAUUCACAAGCGGGGAACAGCUCGCUGCCUUAUUGGAACAGCCAAGGAGACACGAUCUCACAGUUUACGAACGAAAUGCUGACAAUGUCGUCAUUAACAUCGGCACUGCCAGUUUGGUUUAGCAUAGAGAGACUGUAGCUUCAAUCGAGAAAAAGUAUAAAUUUUAAAAUAUAAUUGUCUGUCGCACUGUACAUAAUAUAUAAGGUAAGUCAGCUUCUAGAAAUGUUGAAGUAAUGAUUGUUUUACUGUUAAUAUCGUCAUUAUAAGUGUCAUAUCCGCGUUGCCAUGACAUUAUUCCACAAAAAUAAAAAUAAUUGUUAAGUAAAGAGCAAUAAUAUUUAUUAUUUGUAUAUUAUAUAUGCAAAUUGUAUAGAUAGAUAUGUAUAAUGAGUGAUUAUUAAAAUAAUUGAAGAAA